AUGCCCAAGCAAUACAGGAUCUCACUAGACUUGUACCCAAAUGAUAUACUACACAAGAUUGUUUCCAUUGCAGGCGUCAACAACCUCCUUCAGGUGCUCCCGUGUCCUUCCUUUUUGAAACUGAACCAAAACUUCAAAGCGGCCAUCAAUACUGUUAUUGCAGAAUCAGGUUACACCUAUCACAAUAACACGACAGGACUCGGCUUUUUGAUGGAAGAGGAAGAUAUCCUCGAUGAAUCUGACUUCAAUAGUUCGAGAGAGUUUGAGAUCUUUGAUGACUACUGCAAGGCUGAAUGCGUCAGAGCCGUUUGCAACAUUCAUUACGAGCUUCGAAAUGUCGAAGAUUUUAUCGGGUUUGAAAGAUUCUUUUCCAUUUUACAUCUGACGAAUUCUUUAGACCUAAAAGUACAUUUGAAUCUAAGGACAUGUGGUUUACGUUUUGUUGAUCUAAACGGUAUUGUUUCUGCUAUCAAACUCUUGGAGGAUCGCAUCACUGGGUUUGUUAUUGCAAAUCCUGAUAACAUCAACAUAAUAGGAGAUUUUGAUUGGAACUUCUUUCAGAAUGCAGAAGUAUUGCAGAUUUGUGGCAUCUCAGUUUGUGGAUCUAUUUCUAAAUGUUGCUAUUUAAGGGAACUUAUUUAUGUAUCCCCCCGAGAACCAGGAUGUCCCCUUGAUGUGGGUAAUCUACCACUAACCUUAAAGCGAUUUACUUGUGAUGUUGACAGUCUCAGUCUCUAUUCAACCUUGCCUGAUGCUGGUGAAUAUCCAUGUCUUGAAGAGCUAUCAUUCAUUGGCUUUCCAAGUGCAUUACCUGCCAUAGUCAAGGACAUUCUUUGGAAGAUGACUUGUCCUGCAACUGAAAGUAUAAAGUACAUGGAUGAUGGUUCUGGAAAUCUUGAUGACUUGGUUAUGUUGAUUGAUGAGGUCGCUAGGGAAGUCGGCUUUACGUUAAAGUCUUUGACAUUGGGCGGCAAAAUCAAUGACCAAUUGCGCACCUGUCCAACCGAAGUACUUGAUCUUAGAAAGUCUGAUAAUGAAUUGAUUUCUUGGUUAAAGUUGUCUCCCACUAUGGAACGCUUAAUCUUGGUACAACAAGAGUCAUUGAAAGUUGGUGAACUAGUGAACAUUGUUCCUAGUGGGUUGGAAUACUUGGAGCUAUCAGGAGAUGAAGAUGACUUUGACGAUUUAAACACUGACUUGUCUAAAUUGAAAAAAUUGAAAUACCUCGCUUUGCAUCUGUGCAAUAUAAACUUCAAUGAUAUCGACAACUUCCAGUUUCCGCAAUCGCUUCAAGUGUUGGAUUUAUCUGGUGUUGACUGGACUGGGGAAAAGGGGGAUUUUUCAAAACUAUUUAACUUAAAGUCCCUCAUAUUGUCGAACCUGGAUAUAGAGAGCCUUGCUGGCCUAACCUUCCCCGAUUCACUCCAAUACUUGGACAUAAGUCGAAACAAUAUAAAAUACUUGCAUAAUGCAAGUUUUCCCAAGUCAUUGAGACAUCUUAAUUUGUUUGGUAACGCCAUCAAGUCUGGUAAGCAUGUUGAGGAGAUCCUCGGGUCGUUACAUUUGGAGACUUUGCAUCUUGGAAACAAAAUGGAGUUCUCAAAUUUCAACUUGCCACUAAAGCUUUUAAGCUUGAAUCGCUGCAAGUUGUCAGGGGUUUGUCGGUUCGACAACCUUGAUAGUUUACAAAUGGAAUUGUGUGAGAUUCUGGAGGGAACGAAGUUGAUAUUUACCCACUUAAGGAGGUUGUCGAUAGUACAUUGUUUGACUGAUAACAUCGAGGUAGAGUUUUCGCCUAAUUUAGAGACGGUUGAACUCUCGUACAACGACUUGGUUAAGAUUCCGUCUGCGCUCAGCCAGUUAGAGAAAUUGCGUGUGUUGAAGCUAAAUCAUAACCAAAUCAAAGACGCCGCCAUGACAUUCUGCACAAAUUCUUUGGAAGUAUUAAAUCUUUCAUCAAAUAGAAUAGAGGAGGUUAAUUUAGUUUUUCCAAAGGGUGCAACUAAUCUCAAGCAAUUGGAUCUAUGUGGGAAUCAGUUGAAAGAGGUCUCGAUAGGAUCCAUCGGUCAUAAUAGUGAAAGCUUGCUCAAUAAUUUAUACGAGCUAAGCUUGUCUGACAACUUACUUGAAGCUAAUCAGAUUGCUGUAUUGGCUUCAGAGUUACCAGGGUCUGUUCGAACUUUAUGGGGUGAUAAACGAACAUCAAGUGGCCCUGGUAACUGGCUCUAUGGUGACAUUUUCCUGUAA